CGCGAAGAAACGCUCCGACGUCGACAUCAUCCAAAGGCGCUGCACCAGCUCCCUCCAGAUCCAGCUCCCAGCCCCCAGACCACAAACCCGUACCCGAAACAUCCCACAACGACCAUGGCAGACCACCAACCCGCCCUCGCAACAACAAAGCGCAAGUUCCACAAGCUCCUCGACAACCUCACCGCCGCCAGCACAUCCACCACAUCCCUAGCCAGCACGCUGCAAGAAUCAAACGCCUCGACGCCAUCCCUCACACUCCCCCCCUCGCCCGAACCCCCGUCCAAGCGCCCUAGAAGCGCAAACGCAUCAACCGCCAGCCUCGACCGCCAGCGCAACAUCUCAGCCGGCCAGGAGCGCAUCCGCGCCCUGAAAGAGCAGCUCCUCACCCCGCGCCGCGAGCGCACGAUAAAAGUCGUCGGAAACACACAGGCGCAACCACCCAGCGAUGCCACGCCGCGCAAGGCGCCCAAUUUCCUGCCCUACAGCCAGGAGCAGUUCCUGGGCCGGCUGAAGACGUUUGCAGACGUGAAGAAGUGGACUAGCAAGCCCGAUGGGAUUCGCGAGGUUGAGUGGGCGAAGCGCGGAUGGUCGUGCGAGUCGUGGAAUACCGUCGCGUGCAUGGGCGGGUGCGAGAAACACGUUGCUGUUAAGCUGCGGCCGAAGCGGAGGGAUGGCGAGGGCAAGGAGAUCGACAUGACCGAGGACAUGAGCUCGCCGUUUGACAGCGGGCUGGUAGCGCGAUACGAGGACCUGCUCGUCAACGGUCACCAGGCGGAUUGCUUGUGGAGGAAACGCGGAUGUCAGGAAGACAUCCACCACAUCCCCAUCGCCUCACGCGCAAAAACCUCCUCAGACCUCCUCGCCCGCUACCACGCCAUGGAAUCCCUAACCCCAGACCUCCCCCUCCUAACAAACCUCACCCACCCCGGCCCCCCAAUCCCAACCAUCCUCCAACGCCUCCCCCCCACAUUCUUCACCACCAACUCCCCCCCCUCCCAUGCGCCCCCCUCCCCCGCAGCCCUAGCCUUCGCCCUCUUCGGCUGGACCGGCGUGCGCGAAUCCCGCAUCAGCCUCGCCGUGUGCACGCACUGUUUCCAGCGCCUGGGACUGUGGCUCUCAUCCGACGCGCGUCUGCGCGAAAUGAGCGCUAAGCUCGCUGUGCCUAUGGCGUCGCUGCGUUUGGAUCUUCUGGAGUCGCAUCGCGAGCAUUGUCCGUGGAAGAAUGCGGUUGUGCAGGCGAAUCCGCUGGAUGGGCCGAUUGCGCAUAUGGCUGCGUGGCAGACACUGCAGUUUGUGCUGUUGGGGAAGAGGCGCGAGGUUGAGGGCGUGCAGGAGAGGGAGGGGCGGCAUGAGAGGGUGGAGAGUGGGGAUGCGGGGGUGGAGGAGUAUCCUAGGGGGAGUUUGGAUAGUGGGGGGAGGAGUCUGGAGAUGGGGGGUGUGGAUGGGGAGGGGGAGGGCGAUGGGGAAGAUGAGGGAGAGGGCUCGCUGCAGGAUAAGUGGAGGAAGUUUAAGGCUAAGCUUAGGAGGACGACGAGUAAGAAGAGUUUGAAGGAUGCGAAGAGUAUUAAGAGUGUUAAGAGCGCGAAGAGUGGGAAGAGUAUUGUGGUGAAGAAGGGGAGGGAUAAGGAUAAGGAUAAGGAGAAUAAUAAGGCGUAAAGUGGUGAUGGGUGGACGUAAUGGUAAAAAUGGCAGUAAAUUUCUUUCUUUACUUGUUGUCUACGAGCGAGGUUCACCGGCCUGACUGACUGGCUGGUCUGUAAUAUCACCUGUAAUGUUUUGUUUACGUAGUUAUUCAUAUGAUACCCCGUCUU